GGUGGAUCAAAAGUCGAGAAGAAUAAUUGUGCCCGGCAAAAAUAAUAAUAACAACGCCUUGGCAACUCCACCAAGCCCAUCAUGUCUCUCGGUGCGCUCACGACGAGCUUCACGCCGCCCGCCGACUGCACCGCGUCGUCGGCGCUCUACUGGGUGAACACAGAUUCCACCUUCUACUGGCUACACGGCCGACCGGGCCAAUCCUCGUGUUUCCCGGAGAGCUACUCGCCCUAUCAGAACCAGUACUAUAGCCCCGGAGUAUGUCCAGUGGGUUACACACGCGCGUGCGAGUCGGUGUCGACCGGUGGAGACAGCAGCUUCACCACGACGGCGACAUGUUGCCCGCAAGGAAACUACGUGUGCGCUUCGACGUCGAGCAGUUAUAGUUACCCUUGGGGCCCUACGCUAGGAUGUAUGAGCGUGUACAGAGUAGACACGCAGACGAGCUUUACGACGAUCGACGGUACGAUAGCUGGGGACGAGACGGCCGGCUCAGUGACGAGCCUACGCGCCCCGGGCACGAUAAUGGCGUACGGUGUUGUGAUUCAGAACGGCCCGGCAACGGCCACGGCCACAUCAGACGCGACGACGACGUCAGGUUCGCAAACAUCCACCAGCUCCGUCGCGUCGGAAACCGCGUCUUCAGCGGCAGCAUCCAGCACGAGCCACGGGCUUAGCAGCGGUGCCGCGGCCGGCAUAGGGAUCGGGACAGCGCUUGGCGUUAUGGCGAUAGGCGGCAUGAUACUAUGGCUGUUCUGGUCGCGGCGGAAGAGGAGGACGCAGAUCCCGCAGCAGGAGCUGGAGGCCGAGGCCCCGGGACGAGGGGCAGUGAUGACUCCCGGCUCCUGGAGCGAUACGACGUGGUCGGCAACCCCCUACCAACAUCCCCCUCCUCCUCAGCAGCCAUACCCGCACCAACCAACUGUAAUACAGGCCAACUGGCCGCCGACGGAGCUAGCCCAUAACGGCACACCCGUGGAGAUGGGUGACGGAAACCAAAUGCCUGCUGAGAAGGACGGGAGGAGUUUGCACUGGCGACAGCCAUGACCGGCGAAGAAGAGGAAUAGGAUGGGGGGGUGGCGUCGGAAGAAAAGCAAAUACGGAUUUACUCGAUAAUAAUUGAAUUUGGAAUACCCCAGGCACGUGAUUAGACGAACCAGCACGUUGCAGCUCUUUGGUUGAAGUGGUGGACGGGCGGCAGUCAACUAGAAUAUUAGAAAUUUGAGAUGUGGCGAGGCAACCAUUUUCUCGCCAAGGAAACUUGCAGUC